UUAUAGAGGAAACGUUCGAUGCUCCGUUCGAAGAAAUUGGACUGAUCUCAAGUUUCCACAAUCCCAAAUUCCCAAUCCACGAAAGUAGCCGAUUGGGGGAUUAUCAAAUGGCAUUUUGCCGUUAAUGUCGGAGGAAAUCAGUUGGAAAGCGACGUAAAAUGGAGGACCCACCUUCUUUGCCCUCUUCUUCUUUCUGGUUCCUUCACUCUGCUUUUCUACAGGACGUGAAACUGUAUAAAAAGCCCACUCCAUCCUUAGAUCUCUGCAACAAUCUGCAUUAACCCAAUCAGACUAGUCUCCACACUGCAUCUGAAGGGAAGCUCACUGUGAAAGAUGCUGAAAUUUCUGUUUUCUGCUUUUUAUAUUACUUCAUUGCUUUUUGGCAUUAGUGCAGCAAUCCCCAUUAGAAAUGGUUUGCUACCCAAUGGAAACUUUGAGAAGGCUCCGAAGCCAUCUGCCCUUAAGGGAACCCGGAUCAUAGGUUCCGAUGCACUGCCCUCCUGGCGCAUUGAGGGGUUUGUGGAAUACAUUUCAAGCGGGCACCGACAGGGAGACAUGCUGGUAGUAGUCCCACAAGGCGCCCACGCUGCAAGGCUGGGAAACCAGGCAAAGCUGAGCCAGAGGAUGCAGGUGAAAAAGGGCACCCUGUAUUCUCUCACCUUUAGCGUGGCUCGAACCUGCUCCCAGAUGGAGAGCUUGAAUGUCUCUGUUCCACCUGCAGCUGGUAUGUUGCCGAUGCAGACAGUAUAUACCAGCACUGGGUGGGAUUCCUACGCCUGGGCUUUCCGCGCAGCUUAUGAUAUGGUAGACAUCAUUUUGCACCAUCCAGGCGUGCAAGAGGAUCCUGCCUGUGGGCCUCUGGUCGAUGCCAUUGCCAUCAAAGAGCUCUUUAUGCCCCGUUAUGCCAUGGGUAAUCUGAUCAAGAAUGGAGAUUUUGAAGAGGGGCCUCUGGUUUUCAGAAACAGCAGCUAUGGCGUUCUUCUGCCCCCCAAUGUAGAUGACCGUAGCUCUCCUCUGCCCGGGUGGAUCAUAAACUCUCUCAAAUCCGUCAAAUAUAUUGAUGCUCUGCACUACGUAGUGCCUCAGGGCAGAAGAGCAGUGGAGCUCCUGGCAGGCAAAGAGAGCUCCAUUGCACAGAUUGUGAGAACAGAGGUGGGGAAGGCUUAUCUGCUGAGCUUCACUGUGGGCGAUGGGAACAAUGCCUGCAAUGGGUCUAUGAUUGUUGAGGCUUUUGCAGCAAGGGAGACUGUGAAAGUGCCCUAUGAAUCCAAGGGUACUGGGGGCUUUAAGAAAGCCCAGCUUGUCUUCAAAGCAGUUUCUGCAAGAACAAGUGUUGUGUUCUUCAGCACAUUUUAUCACAUGAGGAGUGAUGACUUCAGUUCAUUGUGUGGGCCUGUCAUAGAUGAUGUGAAGCUGGUUUCACAUCAUUAACUUUCCAUUGCUUUCUCUGCUGUUUCUACUGUUUUACCCAUCUACUGCUCAUGAGCAGAUAUCUACUAGUACCGUAUAACAUAUAUUAUAGUGUAGAACCUCAAGUUUAUUUGGGGGAAAAGGAAUCCCCAUAUUUUGUGAUGAGAUCAGGAAUGUAUAUGGAGCACGGAGUUAUUUAGUAAUCUUUACCCAAGAAUAAACGUCUGGUUUAGUAGAAGCUUCUUAGAGAAAGUGGAGACUGAAGCCUCUAUGAAUACCCCCCUAAUGGGAUAGCAACCUCUGCUCCCACAGAUUAGAUUCAAGUUUGGAUCAGAGUUGGCAUCCAAACACAGAUCCAGAGCAGUCUGAAUGUUCAUGAAGGCAUCACUGUUGGCAUUUAAAAGUCCUAUAUAUAUAGAGAGUUUUUCAAUA